CUUUCCAUUUUCACCACAUCGACGUAAAUUAAAAACUCCAUUUUAUUUACUGAGGUCGUGUGCAAUUAUUUGCACGAUUGUUAAGGUUCGUGAUUUUUAAAAUGGCUGAUGAAGAAAAGAAAAACAAUGGCUCUGGAACAGAACAAAGGAAAAACGGCAACGAAGACGAAGGCGACGCAUGGGGCAGUCAUGGAUCUUCACAAGGGCGACGUUAUGCGAAAAUGCCUGUCGAAAGAUAUGCUCAUUACUAUAACAUGAACCACAAUAAUCGUGGUAUGGCGAUCAUUUUCAAUCAUGAACAUUUUGAAAUUCAUAAUCUAAAAUCUCGCACGGGCACCAAUGUGGACAGUGACAGCUUAUCUAAAGUCCUGAGAGGCUUAGGUUUCAGUGUUACUGUUCUUCAUAACCUAAGAGCUGAAGAUAUCAACAGAUAUAUACAACAGAUAUCUGAAAUGGAUCACACAGAUAAUGAUUGUCUGCUGGUUGCUGUGUUGAGUCAUGGAGAAUUAGGUAUGUUGUAUGCCAAAGACACUCAUUAUAAACCAGAUAAUCUGUGGUAUUACUUCACUGCUGAUAAAUGUCCAACUCUAGCUGGAAAACCAAAGCUGUUCUUUAUUCAAGCUUGCCAAGGUGAUAAGUUAGAUGGUGGAAUAACAUUAUCCAACACUGAAACAGAUGGUUCUUCGUCUUCAUCCUACAGAAUCCCAAUUCAUGCUGACUUUUUGAUUGUGUUCUCAACGGUACCAGGUUAUUACUCUUGGAGAAACACAACUCGUGGCUCUUGGUUUAUGCAAUCUCUUUGUGAAGAAUUGAGAAACUAUGGUACUCAAAGAGAUAUUCUUACACUCUUGACAUUUGUUUGUCAGAGAGUUGCUUUAGAUUUUGAGUCAAAUACACCAGAUAUCACACCGAUGCAUCAACAAAAACAGGUACCUUGCAUAAAUAGUAUGCUGACACGCCUUCUCUUGUUUGGAAAAAAAUAACUUGAUAAAUUUUCUAAACCUUCUCAUUAAUAUUGAAUACCAAUAUGAGAUAAGUACACUAAAGUUGAGACAAAAUAAAAACUUUUUUGUUCAAUACAUCAAGUUUGACAGUUGAUUCAUUAUUUUUUUAUGUAGUUGGUUUUUACAACUAUGCUAAUGAAGUUUUUGUUUUAUUUUAUUUUUGAGAUGUAAGAUUCAAUGCCAUGCCUAGUUCAUUGUGAUGAAAAAAUGACAAAUGAUAUUUUUUUCAUUGGCAAUAAAUAUGAAUAUUUUUAUAAAUAAAUAAAUGUUGGUUUUU